AUGGUUAACGGAUCGAAUUGGAAUUUGGAAGAAGCGCUGAAGCUGUUGUCUGCUGGUGUAACUGCACCUGCGAGACUUGGGCCUCAGGUGAUCUUGUCCAAUAUUUCUCAGCAAUGCUUUCCAAACAUUAAGGUUUUAGUUCAUUCACAGAACUAUCUUCUAUCUCACUAUUGUUUUGCUGAGAAGGAUGUCAGAGAUAGUAAUGUCACACCAGACUCAAUAAACUUUCAAACAGUUGGUAGUAUUGUGGAGCAUUCUCCACCUCUUGAUGAGCCACAAGACGAGGAAAUUGAUCAAAGAGUGGGUGGAGAUCCAAAUGUUGUUGGUGCCCCGGCUGAGGAUGGUUAUAACUGGAGAAAAUACGGGCAGAAACAAGUUAAAGGGAGCGAGAAUCCUCGGAGUUAUUAUAAGUGCACACAUCCAAAAUAA